CGAUGAAGACGACGAUGAGGAGAAGGAGGAGGAGGAGGUCGAUUUCCUCACGGCAGGGCGUCGCGCGCGCUUUCUAGGUUAGCGCGGCUUUUUAUCGUCCGGCAGUCCAAGGAAGAGAAACGGCGGCGGGCGGGCGUUUUAUCGUGCGCGGUGCGUCACGGAAAAUGCGUCGGGCAAUCUCGAUAACGCUCAUGCCGUUUGCCGGUGCCGAAGAGGCCCCUCGUUGGACGACGCCGCGGCCUCCUCCGUCUUGCACCUCCUACCCCGUCGUCGCGUGCUCGUGAGUCCCGCGUUCCUGACUGGAGAGCGAAGGCACGUUUACCCGUUUGUUUUGCGGCCAGGCUACAUCCUACUCCGCAGGUGGAGGGGGAAUGGAAAACGGCACGUUAUCGGCCGCUUCCGGGCCCUUUGUCGAUUGCCACGCCUUCGAAACUGCGUUUGCGCCUCGCCAUUUGCGCAACAGUUGGAAGUUGGAAUAUUUUUGCCUCCCCGAAAAUCACCCCCGCACGCGGCCCAAGUAAGGAGGGAGAGAGAGAGAGCUUCGCUGUGCCUGCCCAUCGUCGUGGACGAAAAUCCAGGAGCCUGCUCGCUGGCCCGGCCUGACCUGGCUGGCUGGCUGGCUGUUUGCCUAGCUGGCACUCCAUCUCGCCCUUUCGUUUGGAAGAGGGCGGCCGUCGACGUUCCGUGACUCGUGCGCACACAUGGCCGAUUGCCAGCGGCGGAAUCGCGGAGUCGCCACCCCGAUAGCUGUUCUCCGGGCCUCGUGCACGGCCAUGUAGUACAACACUCGGGGCCUGCUGGAAAGGGCAAGGAGAAGCAUCAGCGGCCUUGAGGCUGGGUAGCAGCCAAUCCCAAGCCCCCGCUCGCUAAAGGAGGUGGCGCGGGAUUGGCUGAGCGUUCUCCACGGUGCCGAGCGACUUCCGGGCGCUUCCGGUCGGGACCACAGGCCGAUUCCUCACGAGCGGCAGGGCCCCUGAAAUUCCUCGCGAGACGGGCGAACGAGCGCGCAAAGCGCACCGACCGAAGGAGCGGAGAGACCAGGAGAAUCGGAGAGGGAAGAAGCGACGCGCGAACCACCCACGGCCGCGGCGACGGACGCCUUAGGGCGAGCAGCCGAGCAAACGAAGGGUAUAUCGCUUGGACGAGAACGAAUCCAUGUUGUGUUGACGAGAGAGCGCGUUCAGACAAGCGUAGAGGGACGCGCACGGUCGCGUUCGUUGAAGCUCUUGAUUUGCCAAUUUCCUCGAGUGGCUCGACCGGCACCGGUCCCAGAGAGAAAGAGAGAGAGAGAGAGAGAGAGAGAGAGAGAGAGAAACGUAAGGAUGUCGUAUCGCUCGCGGGCUGUGCACGCUGUAUGCAUCGCAAACAGGGGCGCGCAUGUGUGCAUAUGACGAGAGGCACCGCACGGUAGAGUGAGGGCCGCGGAGGAGCGAGAGUUCCGCGAGAUCCGCAUUUAGGCCGUUAAUUUUAAUAACGGGGGAAAUUCCCAGCCGUGUUAGGCCUAACUACACUAGACGGCCCUGUUGCGGUCGAGAGCAAUCGAAGGCAGUCGGAGUCGUCCGAGCGCGCGAGCGGACGAAGCGAAGUAGUGGGGGAUAGCAUCCCCCCUUAACCCCACCGCCGCGUAGUAUCGUCGACCCCCACUCGGCGGCAGUCGUACUGGCGUCUCUGUCGCUCCCGCAGUCGCUUCCUCUUCCCUCUCCGGUCGUCUUCCUUCUCCGUCUCGCUCGCUCCCUCUCCCUCCGUCUUGCGCUCUUCUCUCUCGUUCUAGCCCGUUCCGCCCGUUCUUAACAUCAAACCACUUAGGGCCGCGGACCUCGACAGUCAGUCGAUCUUUCCUAGUAGCGGCAUUCCGGCAUUUUCCACCUGAUCGCGCGCGGGCGGUCCGGCAAACGCCAUUUUGGUCGUCGUCGCCGUCGUCGUCGUCGUCGUCGUCGUCGUCGUCGCCGUCGGCGUCGUCGCCGUCGUCGUCGUCGUCGUCGUCGCCGUCGUCGUCGUCGUCGUCGUCGUCGUCGUCGUCGUCGUCAUUGCCGUUGUCACCGUCUCAUCGCCCACUCACGCGUCGAGAGAGUAGUCUCGUGCGUGAAACACUCCGGGCACGUUCGUAUGUGCCGCGCCGCGCGUCGUUCUCGUAACAACACCUGACGGUUGCUCCAAAAAACAAUACGCGUCUGUACGUAGUACGCGCGGAGCACUAAACCGUAACGCGCGUUGUUGGUGCGGUGCCGAUUUGAUUUCUUUUUUUUUUGUCGUUCGUUUUGCCGCUCCCGGUAGCAGAGAGAAAGAGCGCAAGAGCGAGCGAGAGGGACAGAGAGUGAGAGACAGACAGAGAGAGAAAGAGAGACAGACUUUACGCCGCCCCCGUGCGCUAGACGAGGAGGGGGCGACCAGGACGGAAAAGGACGCCGGGUGUUGUUUUUCCGUCGCGGACACACGACGAGACGAGUUGCGCGCGCGUAGCGGAGCGGAGAGAGAAGUGCGUGACCCCGCGUGUGUGUGCCAUCGUCGUUCCACGUUCUUCAGCUGUAACAUCCUCUCGUCGCCUGACAGGACCCACGUCGACAUUUCCACGGAUCCGGACGGCAGCGACGGAGCCGCAGAGCGAGGCCGGAUAAGCGGAAAAAGCGCAGGCGAACAGGUGUUGAGGAGCGAGCCGAAGGACUCGGGAGGUUGCGUCGGUUUAUGCGAGGCUGCUGCAGCGGAAAGUCCCGGCGGAGCGAGCCGAGCCAGCCGGUCCCGGCAGUCGUCGACUCGUCGGUCUGAUCGAAGCCGAGGAAGCCGUAUCGCGUCGCGAGAAACGUUGGCGGGACGGAGGAGGAGGCGGCGGAGGCGGGCGACGAGAGUACGGUGAACCGGAAGCGGGCUACGGUGGCCGGCUCGGUGGAGGAGUUCGCCGCGGUGCCGGACGCCCCGCGCAUGCUUCAACAACGAAGCUGUACAGCAGCAGCAACGACACCAACCGCGACGACGAGCUCAUCAUCAUCAUCAUCCAACAUGUUCCCGCAGCAGUACUGCCUGAGAUGGAAGUACCAUCACAGCAACCUGCAGACUAUGUUCUCGCAGCUGCUCGAGCGGCAGGCCUAUUGCGACGUCACGCUCGCCUGCGAGGGCAAGACGCUGCGAGCGCACAAGGUUGUACUGUCGGCGUGCAGCACAUACUUCGACACGAUUCUAUCGCAGUACGAGGAGAAGGACCCCAUCGUCAUCAUGCGUGACGUCAAAUUCUCAGACAUCAAGGUGCUGGUGGAGUUCAUGUACAAGGGAGAGAUCAACAUUGAUCACACGAGGCUGUCGUCAUUGCUGAAAACCGCCGAGGAUUUACACAUCAAGGGUCUCGCCGAGGUCAGCUGGCGCAGCGAUUCCGCGCAAAACGACCUCAACAACACCGGCCACAGUCCCGGUGCCGCGACCCCGGGGGUGGAGACGGUUCUGAGGGAAGGUGACGCCGAUGAGCCGCCACCCCCCAAGCAGAGACGCAGAGGUCGCCCGCCUCUGGACGAUCCACCCUCGGCUCACGACGUAUUUACACCGAAGAUCACGUGCAUCACCGGAAAUACUCGCGGCGGGUAUUACACAUACGGACUAACCACGCGCGACUCUAAUGUGUCACGUCGAACCUUUUCCCAGGAGGAAAUGAUGAGCGAGGGCGGCGACCAUGAGAGUUGGGACGACGACGUGAUGAUGAACGAGAAUAACGAAACGCCACUGCCUGUGCUGUCCUAUAUGUCAAAGGAUGACAGUACAUCUGAUCAGGAAAAGAAAGCGCCUAGCACCCCGUCAAACUCCAACGCCACAAAUCCGUCGAUCCCCGAGCAAUUCCGAGACGUGAUAAAGAUGAACGAUUAUCUGACGACGGGUCGCAGGCAGGAGUUCUGGGAGGAGCCGUUCACACGACGCGUCAUGGACGCGAUCAAGAGCAAAGAACUGGAGAUGAAGACUGCCGCUGAGAUACUCGGCGUCUCUUACGGCACCCUCUAUGGCAGAUAUCGCGACAGUUACGGUUGCCUUAAACACCCGUACAGAGUGCGGGAUUUUUGGUCUGAGCCGGGCCCUGCCGAAGUGCUGGCGAAGCUGCGGAGGAAGGAGAUAACGUUGUUUCGCGCCGCCGAAAUCCUCAACGUGACCGUCCAUACACUGGCGACGUACCUGGCGACGUUGCAGGGUUCGGACAGGGUAUUCUUAACCAGCGACGGGCCGGCGCCCGGCACCAUCGACGGCAACAACGAGCCGACGGAGAACAGCGAGUCGGUGAACGACAUCCUGCAGAAGAUCAACGCGAACGCCGCGACCGCGGCGACGCUGACGACAACCACGCCGAUCAAGCGCGAAGGUGGCGGCUACAUCGAGGUGCCGACGGCGGUGCCGAAGGCCGCGACGUCCGUGCUCGAGAACAAUCCGGACAUCACGAUCGUCAAGACCGAGAACAUGCUGCGCAAGCGUGACUACACGAAGGUAUCCAACACGGAGAACAACAACGCGAAACUGAUGAGCGGCGGCGCUGUCAGCGAAAUCAGCCAGCAGCAGCAGCAACAGCAACAGCAGCAACAGAAACUCGCCGACCCGUUGUCCCUGAGCAACGACAACAGCAAACCCUAACUAUUCAGACCGUAUCUGACACCAGCGAACCCGCGAGCACCACCGAGCGCCAGCUACAGGUCCGAUCUGUGCCCGCGCAGUUUCUAUUCCAACGUGUUUACUCGCUUUCUCACGAAUUUUCAUUUGAAAUAGAGAGGCAAAAGAGAGAAAGAAAGGAGGGCGACAGCUCCUGCGAAUCGUCAUCGCCUCGCCGUUGCCUCGCGCCGACGUCGCGCUAGGGCGCCGACAUCCCGCACACGCGCGGGACUUCGUACUUCGAAAGAGUAGCUUUAGACAAUCUCUCGCGUGUAAUCGGUCGUUGACGAUUAGGAAGGGCCGUGGCUGGCCGUCGGCACGGAGAGAAGCGAAAACUCUGGCGUACGGCCGACUCAGACCCAGCAAAACGGAAGUGCCGCCACAAAGCGUGCGAAUCGCCGCAUAACGAACAGAGAGAAAGAGAGAGAG